CCCUGUAAAGUACCUCCAGUGUGCUCCGUCUGAUGACCCCUGCUGCUUGCACACCUGGCUAGAGUCAUGAUAAUGCAAACUGAACGCUGUCUACCUGGAGUUGGUAGUCUGGGUAUGUACAGUCUUCAGUGUUGUGCAACCAACACACUUAUGAUGAUGUUUGAUGUCAUGAUAACCAUCUGAACAAAUAUUUAACUUCGGACUACUCUGUUUGUUUGGAGUUAAGAGUCCUCACACCUGUAACAGACUUACCUGGUCGGCCCUUUGAUGACAAGGGACGCUGACCUCCUACUGUGCUAACUGACCAAUGGUCAGUGGACGCUGCACGAGCCAUCUGUCGCGUGCUAUUACUUGACGUCUCGGUUUUGAAAAUUGACAUCCUACAGUUUCUCAAUGAAUAACCUGCUACAGAUACUAAGAGAAGAGGUGUUAGACCUCCGUGCGCAGAGUGAAUCGCUGACGCGGCAGAUGUGGUUGUUGUAUGCAACAUUUGAAGACGUCAUUUGUAUCAAUCAUCCACACCGUGCAGCAGCACUGUUGGCGACAUCAGUGGACAUCGAUCACUACCUGCAUCGUCCUGUAGGCGGAAGAAAUUGCCCACCCGUUAGUGAAGAUAAGAAGACGGGGAUAAGAAGCAGGAAAGAUAACGCUCUUAGAAGGAAGAGGAUAAUUGGGUGUGAUCAUCAAGGCUUGAAAGACCCAGUGGGGUGCUAUCCGUCUAACGUUUGCCGCUCUGAUAAGUGUGUUGCUUGCAGAUGUGGUUCUAAGCUGAAUCAACAGUCGUCGAAAGGGUCUUGUUUAGAUCGGCAACAGAUUGCCAGCGUAGGACUAGUUUCAUUGGACGUGUCUGUGUCUUACAGAACAGAUUUUGAAAAUAACGAUCAAUCAAGUUGUUUAGUUGGAUGUAAAGGGUUUGGUGUGGAUGGACAUUUUCCUAACUUGGGACACGUGGAGUGGACAAAGGGGGUGAUACGACGCCGGACAGUGGGUAGAGGUUCGUGUAAAGUGACAGGUGAUACUACAAGUAGGUUCUUCGCACAGAACCCUAAAACAAAUGACCUCGACCGUGGGCGUGUUAUCAAUGACCCACUGAACAAUAGGAACACCGGACUGUUCCUGGACAAAGAGAGUAAGGUUAUCCGACACUCAGCGCUAAUGCGAUCGGUCAGCGCAAAGAGGACUGGCCAAUUUAUGGCUGGCAGCUCAUUGGUCAGUCGAGCAAAUCGCCACGGUCUAUCAAGUCACGCUUCAUUAAAUGUCGAUUCAGACAGGGGAUUUGAAUCGGCUAAAGAACUAAAUCGUCACACUUUCAACAACCACAGCGACGAGAUGAACGCUGGCCCAGUGGCUGUCCAGCCUAGCGCUUGGUGCCCCAGGAAUGAUUAUAGUCUGGCAAGAGCCGUACCCGGUCACAGAGUGAUCCAGCCAGUGUCCCGCUCACCUACUAGUCCCGAGUGGAGCAGACGACCCGUCCAAACAGAACGAGUUGCAGCAAAGGGGCAGAGCAGCUACAUGCAUCAGAUAAAACAAACCAGUCCGGGUUACCAGUCGGAUAUGUUGUCAGUGAUCACCCAGACGGGUUAUACUCGUCAGGUGCAUAACAGACCUGACACUAUUUACAGAUCGGAGCGCGCUGGACGCAGAAUGAAUGAGUGUAGGUCUGGGAGGAAGUCGAGCCCGAUAGCAGACGACACACAACUGUCACCAGUGACUAUAUCAAGCGGGUAUGAGAGCGACUCGAUCCCGUCUCCAGUACAACCCGAGUUGGACAAGUUUAGGAGCUGUGUCAACACGGACGAUGACCAUACAGACUAUUUCUCUCAAUCGGACACUUACCCAAAGUCAGUUACACGGGAUAUUCAAACGCAACAGGCCCCAUCUGGAACAUUGCCAUUGAAGGUGAGAUCUAAACAAGCACCCUUCGUACCAACUCUCGGUAAAUCACGCUUUGUGAGAUUUGGACAACAUCAUAAUGCCAUAUUGCCCAGCAGUCGACCAGGACAGCCCUCUUCAGUCUGCCUUAAGCAGAGUCACAAGUUGGCUAAAGUGACGAGAUCUAUGUAUGCGAUUAUUCAUGAUCUUCAACACGAGAAUGCCUCGAGGAAGAUGAGACGACACUCUUGUGACGCAGUUAAGGAAAACCGUGAGUGUAGAUGCGAGGGUGGGAGAGUGUCUAUGUCUCCCAUAUUCAGCCCCGAACUUCGAUCCAGGGCAGAUGUGCUUGUAACUCAAAGCGAAUCUGAAGAAAAUCUGCACGUGAGAUACCAAGACACAAAAGCAGACGACACCCCCACACGGACCGACUCGUCGUUAAACGACUCGAGCUUUGUUUCAUCCAAUGAACGCUACUCCCAAAUCAGGAAGCAACAAUGUGCUAUGUCAGGGGUAACGCAAAGGUUAUUCAAUAUGGAUAUGCGAGAACAGAGUGCUUUUAAAGAUGAUAACAUUAAACCAGCUGAUCGAGCAGACGAUAACCACCGGCUUGAUCAGGUCAUGCGUGGGUCGCCACGACAGGGAGCAAAAUACUCUAAAACCAGCGAAGCGCAAAGUGACAAUGAACAUAUAUACGAAGUUAUUCCGGGUGACGAAAGCGUGAUUAGCACACAAGGCUUGGUAUCGUGUGAAAACACCAAGCUCGCACUGGCUAAAUGGACGACCGUGGGUAACCUCGAGACGUCCCCAGAGAUCCCACCGGCCUUGCCAGAGAGAAAAUACACGGGAAAGAAAAUGGACCCUCCUAUCCCUCCAAGGUGUGUGAAAGUGUGUAAUAACAGUGUUUCAAACAGAGGGGAGCGUUCCCUCGUUAUGUGUGAUUCCUCAAACCAGGACUAUGCAAUUGUGUGUAAAACGAAGUCGUUCGACAACGUGUCUCUUGAUGGUUACUUGGGUCGGAUAGACGACUGUGACGUGUUGUCCGACUUAGACAGUGAGUUGUAUGCCCGCGUGUGCCCCCCUCAACCCAGACAGAGGAACACUUUUGAUUUUUCUGAUCUUACUUCAGAGACAUACUGUCGUCUGGACCCCGUGAAGCAGGUCCAGGAAAUUGACCAGUGGUCAUCGGGAGACGUCCUCAACUUCAUCGAUGGCAUCCACGAACAUCACAACCCUAAAACCAGGGCGAAUAUCUACACCCUGCUCCAAAACAGCAAAACAAGAGCCAAAUUUUCCGAGUCACUGGAAAUAGAAACCCAGUUAUUACAUAAAGGAUUGUUAUGUAACCCUUGGAGAGAGGUCAGUGAUGACGUCACAGAGCCGAUGACGUCAGAGGCAUUCCAACGCGAUUUCCGGCACGAGAUUCAGCCAACCUAUGUGUAAACUAUAGCUGUGUUGAUAUCAUGUGUAUUGACUGUGAUAAACGGACCAUUCCUUGAAUCCAUCCACGUAUCAUGGAGUAAACUCACAAAUAUGACUUGUGGCAUUUGAAGAUGAAUUGCCUGUGCUAGUAUUUAUUGUUAUUGACUGCGUAUUCCAUGAUCCACCUCUGGGACUUAUAAUCCAUAAUUAUCAUAUAAUCAAUUGACACUGGUCGUGACAGCGACCUCAUGUGAUUGGUUGGUGUUAAUGUCAUUGAAUUAGAUACAGUUGAGAGAUCUCAUAUACAUCACCUCUGGUAUGAAUGGUGAAGCCACUGGGGAAACGGGUGUACAUAUCAUCUCUGAAUGAUUGUACCCGCUGAAUGAUCUGAUGUGUUUAUCAUCUCUGAAUGAUUGUACCCGCUGAAUGAUCUGAUGUGCAUAUCAUCUUUGAAUGAUUGUACCCGCUGAAUGAUCUGAUGUGUAUAUCAUCUUUGAAUGAUUGUACCCGCUGAAUGAACUGAUGUGCAUAUCAUCUCUGAAUGAUUGUACCCACUGAAUGAUGUGAUGUGCAUAUCAUCCUUGGUAUGAAUUGUGUACCCACCGAAUGAUGUGAUGUACAUAUAAUUCUUGGUGUGAAUGGUGUGCUCGUUGUAUGAUCUGAUGUACAUAUCGUCGGAUAUCAUUUGGUCUCUGAUAUCAUGGAUGAAUGUGAAACCGCUGAAUGAUAUCACGUGUAUGGGUGCCUGGACUGUAAAGAGAGACAUUUUGUAUGAUCUGUUUUUAAUGCUCAGUAAACAAUACUUUCA